AUGGCUGACGACAAGAAAGCCGAGGUCAAGGAGAAGAAGCUGGCCAACCCCAUGAGAGAGUUGAAGAUCCAGAAGCUUUGCCUGAACAUCUGUGUGGGUGAAUCUGGUGACAGACUGACUCGUGCUGCUAAGGUAAAUAUUUUUUGAGACUUAUUAUUUUUGAAUUUAGGUAUUGGAGCAACUCACCGGGCAAACUCCCGUUUUCUCCAAAGCCCGAUACACCGUUCGUUCUUUUGGUAUCAGACGUAAUGAAAAGAUCGCUGUUCACUGCACCGUACGUGGCCCAAAGGCUGAAGAAAUUAUCGACCGGGGUCUGAAGGUAAGCUUAAUCUUACCUUUAUAGAGAUGUUUGUUUUCUUUGCACUUUACAGUUCAUUUUAUUUUCAGGUCAAGGAAUACGAGUUGUACCGUGAGAAUUUCUCUAACACUGGUAGUUUCGGAUUCGGUAUUCAAGAACACAUCGACUUGGGUCUUAAGUACGAUCCCAGCAUUGGUAUCUACGGAAUGGACUUCUACGUUGUGCUGGAUCGUGCCGGAAGGCGUGUUGCCAAGCGCAGACGUGCUAAGGGAACAGUAGGACCCUCUCACCGUGUGCAGAGAGAGGAAUCAAUCAAAUGGUUCCAACAGAAGGUGCGUUGUUUGUUGGUCUAUAUUUUUUUUAGUUUGACGGUGUUAUCCUCCCACCCAAGCCUAAGGAAGCCCGCAGAAACCAAUACCGCCGCAGAAAGUAA